AUGGCUGAACAAACAAAAUUCAUUGCUGAAGGAGGAUUGUCCCACAGACCUCCACUUUUCAACGGAAAUAAUAUGUGGUCCAUCAUUGAAACAGGAAACUUCACUCCAAUGAUUGCUCCCACUGACACUGCUCCUGCUGCCCCAAAACCUCAAGCGUCAUGGACUCCUGAAGAGAAAAACCAGGUACUCUUAAACUCAAAAGCUCAAUUUAUUUUAUCAUGUGCUCUUAGCAGAGAAGAAUACGAUAGAAUUGAAGAAUGUAGCACUGCCAAAGAAAUCUGGGACAAACUUGAAAUUCACCAUGAAGGAACAAGUCAUGUUAAAGAAGAAAGAAUAGAUAUGGGAGUAAGAAAAUUUGAAACAGUUGAAAUGCAAGAAGAUGAAACCAUAGACGAAAUGUUAUCCAAGUUUACAAUUAUUAUUAAUGAAUUAAGAUCUCUUGGAAAAACUUACUCUCCUCAUGAGAGGAUAAGAAAAUUACUUAGAUGUCUUCCUAAAGUAUGGAGACCAAUGGUCACUGCUAUUACUCAAGCUAAAGAUCUGACAAGUCUACCAGUUGAGGAACUUGUUGGUUCUCUUCGUGCUCAUGAAUGUAUCUAG